GCCUCUCUGCAGCAGGGUGUGGAUAUCGUGUUCAUAUUUUAUUUUGUAUGUAUUCUGUAUGUUCUUUUAUACUGGAGUCUGUCGGCGCGCUCGUGCAUCGCGCUCGUGCCCGCUGCUGUAUUAUUGUCAUCUCGGUUUGUUUUCAGGCCGGUUUCGGGCGGAUUCGGUUCUGCAGGUUCUGAUCGGACGAUGUCUCUGGUGGAUUUGGGAAAGAAGCUCCUGGAAGCUGCUCGCGCCGGUCAGGAUGACGAGGUCCGGAUACUGAUGGCGAAUGGAGCUCCGUUCACCACGGACUGGCUGGGCACGUCUCCGCUGCACCUGUCGGCUCAGUUCGGACAUUACUCCACCACUGAGGUCCUGCUGCGCGCCGGAGUGAGCCGUGACGCCCGCACCAAAGUGGACCGGACGCCGCUGCACAUGGCCGCGUCAGAGGGUCACGCGCGCAUCGUGGAGCUGCUGCUGAAGCACGGCGCCGACGUGAACGCCAAGGACAUGCUGAAGAUGAGCGCGCUGCACUGGGCCGUGGAGCACAGCCACCGAGACGUGGUGGAGCUGCUGCUGCGCUUCGGCGCCGACGUUCACACGCAGAGUAAAUUCUGCAAAAACGCGCUGGACAUCGCGCUGGACAACAGCAGCCACGAGCUGGCCGAAAUCCUGCAGGUGGCGAUGCAGAACCAGAUCAACACAAACCCCGAGAGUCCCGACACGCUGACCAUCCACACGGCCGCGCCGCAGUUCAUCAUCGGGCCGGGAGGAGUGGUGAACCUCGCCGGACUCGUCUCGCCGGGAAACAGCAGCAAAUCCACAGUCAUGGCCGCAGACGAGCUCAUCACCGCAGACACGGUGGACGGGGCCAUCCAGCAGGUUGUGAGCUCUGGAGGUCAGCAGGUCAUCACCAUAGUAACAGACGGCAUUCAGCUGGGCAACCUGCAGACGGGCACAGGCAUCAGCCAGCCAAUAAUAGUCACCAUGCCUGACGGGCAGCAGGUUCUGACGGUGUCGGACACAGAGGUCGCAGAGGAAACGGUGAUAAGCGACGAGCCGUCCGUCAAACGGCAGCGCGUGAAGGAAGAAGACGACGACGAUCAGAUGAUAGAAACACAAGACAUACAGAUCCAGCAAACACUCUCGCUGGACGACUUUCAGGAGAAAGUGGCUCUUCUGAAGCAGCUGGAGGAGGCGAAUCGUGAGGCGCAGAAAUACAGACAGCAGUUCCUGAAGAAGGAGCAGGAGGCCGAAGCGUACAGACAGAAACUGGAGGCCAUCACACGGCAGAGCGCCAAGAAAGCCGCGUGAAACUCACACUGGACACACUGGACACACUGUCAUGUUGAUGAAGCCACUGUGCUUUCUGUGACUGGAUCAUUGUCGUUCAUUAGGGGUCGAGCGCUGAAGGUGUGCAGGGAGCUGCUGAAUCCGUUAGUGUUCGUAUUAUUAUUCUUCCAUCUUCUUCUUCUUCUUCUGCUCGAGUCUAUGGCAGCUCAUAGAACCUCUUGUGGGAAAAUUAUGAAAUUUGGCACACAGAUAGAGGACAGUCUCAUCAUUAAUCACAGCAAUUUUGGAGUCUCUAACUCGAUCCCUCUAGCGCCACCAACUGUCCCAAAUUGCACUCAUGUUUAUGUUAUUAACUUUUAAACUGUAAGGACUAGAAACUCAGUUCUUGGCUCAAGAUGAUUCUAUGAUGUCAUUUUCGUCAUGAAAAUUCAGAAUUUUCAGAAAAAAUGACUUUUUCGAACUCGUCCUCGACGGUUCAUCCGAUUUACACCAAAAUUGGCUCAUCUUCAGAUAAACCAAACCGUUCUUGAAUAACACGAGAACGAAUCCACUGAGGGGCACAACAAAAUGGAUGCAGUGCUGUAUCUCCACAACGCUGUAGCGUAUCGAGACGAGUCACAAGCAUAAACUGAGGGAACUUGCAGUGUUUUGGCACAGCGCCACCUACUGGUCAGGAGAUAUGAAAAAUUACUCUUUUUGCUUAUAACUUCAGAACAUUUUAUCCCAAAAUCAUAACGUCUCUUUUAAUCCAGUGCAGCAUACAGAGUCGAAUGACACCCAAAAAAUGCUUAUAGCUUUUGAUUAAUUUUGCCUAUUUUAAUGAAACUGGUCUUAAUAGACUCCUUGAGUCAUGCCGAGAACAGUGAUACCAGUUAUGCCAUACUCUGUCAAAACUGCUGUCCACCAUUUUGAAUUUCUUUGAAAACCUACUUUUUCAAACUCCUCCUAGUCUGUUGGUUUGAUUUUCAUCAAAAUGGUCUCAGAUCAUCUAUAGAGUAUUCCAGCAAAAACGUAUUAAAAGCUUUAUUAUUGACUAAACCGUUCUCGAAUAACGCCUCAGUGAAUUUGUUAGCAUGAUGCCGAGCCGAUUCUGGGGCUGUAACUGCAACGCUUUGGCAUAUUGACACCCAACUUUAUGUUUGUGUUAUUGUGUCCUCACACCGACCACACCACAUCAGUUUGGUCACAGCGCCACCUAUUGGUCAAAAGUGAAAAGCAUUUUGAAAGUUAUUGUAUUUGUGAUUUUUCAGCUAUAUUGACUAAAAUAGUCUUUAAUCCCUCGUUGUUGCAGUUGGUCUGAUGUUCCCAGCCAUUCUUGCGUGACUCGUCGUGCCUUUUUGUGCUUGGCCCCUUAAUUCCCGCCCGCAGCUAUAUUUCACUUAAUUUCAGAUCUCGUCAAAAGCUUAAAGUGUCUGUGGUGCUCCUGCAGCCAACGCUGGUUCGAUUCUGACCCAUAUCCCUCCACUGGCCUUCAAAUAAACAGGCAAAAGCCCCUCAAAACCACGAAUGAGGAACAUUUAAUUGCGUAAUAAUGUGAUGAUGUUUCAUCUGCAGGUGACGUCUGAUCCAGUCUUUCAUCAUCAGACUCAGUAAGAAUCAUCAUGAAUCAAACGCUCUUCUCUUGUGUUUAUAGUUUCCUCCCGUCUGUAAUUUGUGAUGCAGUUUUAAGUAUUUCUGUCAUAAAGAUUUUUAUUUUUAAAAGACAGAAUGGAUGGUUUUGUUUCUUUGAGGAGGAUCUCAGCGUCUCUCCAGCACUGAUCUGGACAGUAGAUUAUAACACCUAAAACUGACUUUUGUUAUGUAAAAAUGUUGAAUAAAUGCACAAUAAAAGGGUUUCACAGUUUCGAUCAGCUGAC